AUGAGCAAGAGGAGAAGUAGUCUCCGCUUGGAGUCGAUACACGAGCAAAAGCCGUCUGUGACUGAGGAAAGGCAGUCUGGAAAUGAGAAACGACCAAUGUCAAUGCGGGAAAGAAGACAACGGAGAAGAGCGGGGAUACCUACAUCAGUGGCAGUUGCAUCCGUGGAGAACGCACAAUCGCCAGGGCGAAUCAAUCGGGAAAUCCAGAAGCAAAUGGGAAAUGCGCAAGCAGGAGAGGAUGUGAUGGGGGACGCAUUGUCACGAUUUGAGGCACAACUUACCACACAAUUAGUGCCUCGAAAGAAGCGUAAGGGAAAGGAUGUUGGUCCAGAGCUGCAACCAUCACCACCAUCACCACCCUUAGGCACAAAGCCAAAGCCAAAGCCAACAACAACAUCCACGCCAGAGACCCCAAUCAGUACCGUCUCACUCAACAACAACAAACUCCAAGGUUUCAACUGGUAUUGGGAAUCUUAUCCCCCAACCAUCGCCCAAAAAACAACCGCAAACCACUUCUUCACAACCCACGGUCGCAACGCAAAGCUUCUCCGCAGCGUAGCGCAGUUCCGCCUUUUCCCCGAAUCCGAUGUACCGGAAGUAGCUUUCGUCGGGCGAUCCAACGUGGGCAAGAGCUCACUGCUCAACGCCGUGGUAAACGCUGAUAUCAAAGCGUUGCUAGCGCGUACCUCUUCCACGCCAGGUUUCACAAAGACGAUGAACCUUUACGGUUUGGGCGCAGGAAACGGCGUCACGAUCAAGAAGCAGCCUAAUGGGCGCGACAAGAUUGUAGGUAUAGGUGGAAUGACUAUCGUCGAUAUGCCGGGGUACGGCGAAGGCUCGCUUGCAUCCUGGGGCGUAGAGAUAAUGAAGUAUAUUACCAAUCGCAAACAACUCCGCCGUGUCUUCAUUCUCAUAGACGCCGAACACGGUAUCAAGGAUAAAGACCGCUCUCUCUUGGCUUCAUUGCGUCUAGCUGGUGUAAGUCACCAGGUCAUUCUUUCCAAGCUAGAUAAACUGUAUAUACCCGAUGCCAAGGAGAUUAGAAGGCAUGAUGGGAAGGCGCUCCGACGUUUGGCGCCGAAAGGUACGGCGGAGGAUCUUAGGAAAGCGAUGGAGAAGUUGAAAAAUGAUAUUCAACCGCCGGUUGGAGGGGGUGCGCUAGGAGAGAUUCUGGGUGUGAGUGCGGAGACGUUGGUGGAAGGGAAGAGGUUGGGUAUUGAUCAUGUGAGGUAUGCGGUGUUGAAGGCAGUAGGGUUGGACGAGAAGUUUAGGAAGAAAAGUGUUUUUGUUGGAGCAAAAGAGCUUGAUGAAUAG